AUGGAAGUGCUAAAGAAGCCUCUGCACAUCGACCGGGUGAUGUCCGGGAUUUUCGCGAAGAAACUCCGCGACGAGAUGUCGAUGAGCACCCCGCCCCGGGACCCGCUGGAGGAGGCCGGCGCUGCGGGCCACGGGAAAAAGCGGCGCAGCCAGGUGCGUGCGUAUCGGGACAAGUCCGCUUUUGAACUGCUCGAGGAAGACGCGAUGGACGCCUACGAGAGAUUGCGCAAGGAUCCCGAAUACUUUGUCCACUUGCUCGAGCAGGACCUCCCCCUCUACGACGAGAAGAACGUGCUGCGCAACAACGAAAAACGCCGGUCCGUCAUCACCUCAGAGGGCAAAAAGGCGGUUGAAGAAGCGAUCCGGGCCUUGCAAGACUGGGCGUUAGAGACCCGCACGUCGGGGAAGAAGCCAAGGCGAGUGUUCUACGACGAAAACUUGAGCAAGGCGGCGCGACAACACGCGGCCGACAUCGGUCGGCGAGGGACCCAGGGGCAUCGCAGUGUCAGAAGACCGGAGGACGGGCGGCGGUAAAAACAAGUUUUCUGCGAAUUUUUUUUUGACUCCAUGACGUUUGAUUUGAAUAUCUAAAAGUUUCCCAUUCAUUGUGCAUGACCGUUCUUCUUCUUCAUGUGCGAGAAAUAAAGGCAAUGUUCCAUUUUAAACUCAGAACUUCCGCCUCCGAGCGCAUCGACCAGUACGACGCCUGGAUCGGCGCCUUCGCCGAGUGCAUCAGUUACGCCGAGAGUACGGGGGAGGCGAUCAUCAAACAGCUUCUCAUCGACGACGGGGUGCCGUCGCGAGGGAACCGCAAAUUGUUGCUGAGUCGCCACGACUACGGACUGGUGGGCUUCGGCUGCGCCGUGCACUACCAGUACCGUUUUUGCUGCGUGCUGUGCUUUGCGGACGAGCUGGAACAGCGGAAGCGAAAAGAACAGCUUGCCAUCGACCGCGCGCUGGAAAGAACCGCGGCGGAGGCCUCCAAGGUGGAAUUUGCGGCGGAGCGCGAGCGGCAGAAGAAGGCGGCCUUUGGCGUGGGCACGAAGAUCUCCCAAGUGGAGAAGCACAGUACCGAACAAGCGUACCUACCGGCGGUCAUCUCCGACGCUUUUGUCACGCACAACGUGCUGGACUCCAAAACCAGGCUGGCCAGGUUGAAACAGUAG